CUCCUCGGCGUCGCGGCCCCAGCUCCAGGUCCGAUCAGUACUUCGAUACAAGGGGGAAAAUCGGGGGGCUUUAUAAGAAGCAGCCUCUCCUCCCCAUGGAAACGGAUCAGAAUCACCACCGUACCACGACACGGCCGCCGGCAACCAUUGCCGAUGCGGCGGCGGUCACAAGCACGAGACCUGGCGGAAGCAACUCGAUCGAGAUGGCGGAAACGACGACGACCCAGAGCCAUGAACAGGACGAUAGGCUAAGCAAUCUUCCAGAUGACGUUCUCGUUCACAUCUUGAACAAGCUCGACCUGUUACAGGAUGCUGCGAGGACCACUGUCCUUUCAAAACGCUGGAGGCAUUUGUUAGGUUUCCGUUCCGAGAUCGUUCUGGAUGUACUGAACUUCAACACCACGGAUGACGAUUCCGAGUAUACUAUCGACGAGUUGGCGGCUUGGCGCCAACUAAAGUCUCCAUCCUCACAGCGGAGUUCACAAUCAUACCAGAGGUGUGAGACGACGACUGCACAGAUGAUGACAUGCUCGCGUAUGGAGCACGUUUCAUGGCAUUUUUUUUAUGCCUAUCCCCGUGCAUUUGGUGGUCUCACGGACCUGAGUCUACACAGUCUAAGGCUUGGCGAAUCUGACAUGCCUAAUGUGCCGAGUACAUGUAAGAAGCUGGAGUACCUUAGUCUGGAGAACUGUGAUGCUGGGAUUGAAUCUGUCUUACAGACAGAGCAUUCACAACUUGUUGAGUUGAUCAUUAUUUUCGAUGGAUUUGAAACUGUUGAGCUCAAGUGGCUUCCAAGACUCACGCAUUUGACAUGUCAAAGCUGGCUACCCUCACAAGAUCAAUAUCCAUUGCCGUUGGGCCAUGUUCCACAGCUUUGGGUGCUAAAUCUAAAUAAUGCUGGCACGACUCGGAACAAAACUAUUAAGCCAAGUGAGUUCCUUGGCAAUGCAACCGUUGGUGAACUUGAUAUGAAUUUCCUAUGUGAAAGGAUUUGGAUUCAACCUGAAGGUCCAAAGCGACUAGCUCCUCUACUGCAGAAUUUGAGGGUCGUUACACUACGCUUUAUCCAUGAAGAGUAUGACCUAAUGUGGACAUUAUUCAUCUUAGAAGCUGCACCCCUCUUAGAUGAAAUUAACAUGCAGAUGUCAUACCAUACAUGUUACUCAGAUGAAGAGGAUGAUUACAAUCAAAAUGAUGAGAGUCCACGAGAAAUCUUUCAAAAGGCUCCUGAUUUACUAAAAUGGGAGACUCGUCAUGAUUUCAGUCACUGUAAUAUGAGAAAACUCUCCAUCGAGGGGUUUCAAAUCGAAGAGAAGUUCACAAGAUAUAUAGACCGUGUCAUGGAAGCAGCGGUGAAUUUGGAACUUGUAUCACUGCUUGAAGUCGUCCCUGUUUGCGUUGUGAGUUUCUUCCAUCAACUGUAUAUCCACGGACUCACAAGGAGAGAGAUCUGAUCAAGAAACAAAUUUCAGGCUGGAGGUCCUCACCUAUUGAAAUAGAGAUUCUGUGAUCAUAUUUUUGUAAUUAUCUAUCUGUCUUCCUUAGUGAAGAAUGUAUUAUGGCUCGUGCGUGGCUGCUACCAGUUCAACCUUCUCGGUUGGCAACAUUAUAAGCAUAAUCCAUAUUAUGGCUUAUUGCCAUGAGAAGUUGCACGCCUA